AUGAACACUGAUAAGGGCAAAGCCGAGGACGGGCUUCCCGGGGAUGGGAAAAUGAGUAUGCAUAGCGAGCAUGCUAGGCUUGGCUCUGACCUGAAGGCUACUCAUGAAGAAGCGAUAAUUGGACAAUCCGAGCCAAUAGCAACAGCAGAAGAGAAUAAACGAGUGAAGAGGAAGAUUGACUUCAUUCUCUUACCGCUCAUGUGUGGUUGCUAUAUCUUCUCUUUCUUGGACAAGACCAUGCUUAACUACGCCUCCAUUUUUGGGUUGAAGACAGCAUUAAAGCUGAAAGGAAACGACUAUAGCUGGCUUGGCAGCAUAUUUUAUCUUGGAUACAUGGGUGGUGCUAUGUUCUGGCCUACUCUCGUGCAGAGAUAUCCUCAACAUGUCGGAAAGCUCAUCUCUGGAGCUGUCUUCAGCUGGGCUGUUAUGUCUCUACUCACGCCCCUCUGCUUUAACUUUGCUGGAAUUAUGUCAGUGCGGUUCUUCCUUGGCUUUCUUGAAAGUAUCAACGGCCCGGUUUUUGUUAUCAUCACAAGUAACUGGUGGACUCGAUCUGAACAAGCGUUCCGAACUGCAUUCUGGUUAGGCGGUACCCCUCUCAUCAUUUUAGUUCAUGGGAACAUCGAAACCUGGAAGAUUUUCUUCCUUUUCUUUGGAGGCUUAACCUUGGUAUUCUCCAUUGUCCUCAUGUUUCUGAUGCCCGAUACUCAAGCCAAUGCGAAAUGGCUCAGCAAGGAGCAGAGAGUCAUUGCGCACGAAAGAGUGAGAGAGAAUCAGACCGUCUCAGAGAAGAACCAAUGGCAGUGGCCACAGUUCUGGGAAGCUCUACGGGAUCCCCAAACGAUAUUAUUCUUUAUCACCGCUAUCGGUAACACCAUGCCAUCAACGUUUGCGAGCCAGUUUUCGAGUCAGAUUGUCAACGGUUUUGGCUUUUCACCAACGGCUACCACAAUAAUCUCUACCUGCCCGGCGGCAACGAUUCAACUACUUACAUUCCUUUCUUUCUCCUACAUCGCGUCUCGAUUCAACAACAUACGUCUCAUACUAGGACUGAUAGCUUCGAUCCCGCCAUUGAUAGGCGCAUCGCUUCUCCAUGUCUUGCCAAUUUCGCAUCAGGCAGGGAGGUUAGCGGGCUACUACCUUACAUACACGCACACCAUGUCUUUCACUCUUGCUACAGGUCUAAUGGCGUCCAACUACGCUGGCAGCACCAAAAAGGCAACAGCUUCUGGGUUCGUUUUCGCUGGCUGGGCCGCUGGGCUCAUAGCAGGUCCUCAAUUCUUCCUCGAGAGCGAAGCGCCCAACUACACGACCGCGUUUGAAAUGCUGAUGGUGACCUAUGCUCUGAUGAUUGUUAUCCCGAUCAUCCAAAUCUGCUGGUAUAGACACGAAAACCGCCGUCGUGACCGGCUUUUUAGUGUUAGAGUCGAUGGCGAGCAGCCGGGCCGCAUCGAAUUCACGGACAAGUCAGACUUUGAGCAGUGGGAGACAUUCAGGUAUGCCAUGUGA